CGCACAGGUGCUCUUGCACACACCUUUGUCGCUGAAGCUCUUCGAAGAACUGCGAAUCGUCCCACCCGUGAACACCUCUGAUGUUCCAGCCACCAUCGAUGAGGUGGAGGAGCGCUUGGCGGAGCAUCAAGAGAAGGCCAAAAGAUGGGAGCUGAAGCGACAGGAACUCCUUGAGCAAAAGCUGCAGAGUGAAUUGGGAAAGGUUCGAGAAGCUCAGGAAUCACGUGAGCAAGAGCGGCGGCGGCGUCUCAAUAUGGCCUUGAUGUGGCUACAGGACUUCGAAAAUCAAGCAAUGCAGAGUGAGGGGCCUCACGUAGAUGUGCGCGGCUUGGAGGACCUGCUCAACGCCGCGGUGUCCAUGGGCGCCACGUUUGAGCAGCUCCAAAGCGCCCAGCGGCUGCUGAAACGCUGGCGCCAAGGCGAGGCCCAGGCUGCCCUCGCUGAAGCCAUUGACGCCAUCCGAGCCUUGGAGGAGCUGUCGGAGCCUAACCACAUCACUGCCACCCAGGACUUGGAACAAGCCAUCUUGAAGGCCAAGAAGGUUGAUGUAGACCCACAGCUUGUCGAGGUCGCCGAAGAACUCUUCAAGGCGGCUUCCGGCAAGGCGCAAUCGCUGGUCGCUGAAGGUGCCGCUGAAGGUGAAACUACGGAUUCGGAGGAAACUGCUGAAGUGAAUGAUGGCAGCGGCAACAGCGGCAACAGCCCAACAGGCCAAGACGCAGAGGAAUUUGUGCCAACCAUUCUGAACCUGGAUGAUGAUGAGGAGUUAGUCUUCGACUUGGGAAUGUGAUGCAACAAAAAGGGCAAAGAUGCGAGCAGAACCUGCGGAACGUCGUCGAAGUUUCAAGCUGGGUGGUCUCAAAACUAGAGACGUCUUCCAGGACCCCAGGACUGACACUGUUUUAC